AUGUUUUCUUCGCCACUUGCUUCGAGGGCUGCAGUUGGCCUUCUAUUCACUGCUCUCUCAUGUGCUACCGCACAAUCUAUUUCUGGGGGAAAGCUUCUAACUGGAGGUGGGGCGCCUGGCGCUGCACCAUACGAGCUGGUGGACGACUACGACCCAUCUGUCUUUUUCUCCAAAUUCAACUACUACGACAGCUACGAUCCCACCUAUGGCCACGUUCAAUAUGUCAAUGAGUCUGUUGCAGUGCAGAAUCGCUACACCUACUAUUCGGAAGAGGGCAAUUCGGCUGUCAUCAAGCCAGACACCAUUGGCAUUUGGCCCAAUGGCGGCAAGGGAAGGCCCAGUGUUCGGAUCACCAGUGACAAUACCUACAAUCAUGGACUCUUCAUCAUGGACAUGAAGCAUAUGCCCACGGGUUGCGGUACGUGGCCAGCGUACUGGCUACUCGGGCCUGAUUGGCCGCGCACUGGCGAGAUAGACAUCAUCGAAGGCACCAACACUGCGGAAUUCAACACCAUAUCUCUCCACUCCACGGCAGAAUGUACCAUUGCCGGCAGUGGUCAGACUGGAUCGUUUGAGAAUAGCAUUUGCGAUGUGAAUCAAAAUGGCAAUUCCGGAUGCGGUUCUCAACUKACUAAUUUCACCGCUCUGCCCAACAACUACGGCGUGAGUUUCAACGACAAUAAGGGAGGUGUAUACGCCACUGAGUGGACCUCAGAGUAUAUCAAAACCUGGUGGUUCCCGAGGCAAUCAAUCCCGAGCAGCAUCACAUCUGGAGCCCCUGACGUUGCAGAUUUCGGCAUUCCAGCCGUCAACGCGCAAGGAAGCUGUGAUUUCGACGCUCGCUUCCAAAACAUGAGCGUCAUUCUCAAUAUUGAUUUCUGCGGAGCUUGGGCUGGCAACGUCUACUUCAACAGCUAUCCCAACUGUCCACAAUCAGCAAACGCCGCAUCCGACCCAAUCGGUUCAUGUGUUGACUAUGUCGGCAACAAUCCCGACAAGCUGGGGGAAGCGUACUUUGAGAUUUACUCGUUCAAAGUCUAUCAGAUGCCCAGCGACGUUAUUCCGACAUCUUCAUACAGCACAAGCCUCUCGUCAGUCACACCAGUAGGAACCUCGAACAGUAUCCCGCUUGGUAUGGGUGCCACCACAUCGACUAUAUCCUCCGCUCCGCCUUUCACUGGUUCCGUGGCCGGCCCAGCAGCGACGAAUCCCCCGCAAGCUUGCCCGCAGUACGACCAAAGUAUAAUUUUGAACAGCAAUGGCCAGCAAGAUCUGAUAUACUGCGGUUUUGACUGGACUGGUCCGAAUCUUGGCAUCCCAGAUACAGUGGCCAGCUUCGAUGUAUGCUUGGUUCUCUGCGACAACACUGCAGGAUGUGAGUCUUUGACCUACACUGGUGGCAACGGUUCGGGACUGUGCUAUCUUAAGCCCGUUGGCGCUACUUUGGUCGAAUUCCCAAACGUCAAUGCUGCAAGAAGGGUCGAUGGCGCGGCGUCUGGCUCAUCCUCUACACGGGGAACUUCCACCGCGUCGGCGUCAUCUUCCACCACACCGGCAUCAUCUUUCAUAUCUUCUGCGGCCGUUACAUCUGUUUCACCCACCACAACAAGCGCCUCUGGAAGUACUGCCACCGUUGCUGCUUCGGUGGCUACCUGUCCCCAAAACAACCUAAACCAUGUGAUCGACAACUGUGGAGUUGAAUAUAUCAUGAAUUGCGGGACUGAUACUUCAUCUGGAUCUUUUGUUGGUGUUCAAGUGGCAUCUGUUGGCGCUUGCUUCGAGCUAUGUUCAAGUGGAGCACGAGGGGCCUGCUCAGCCUUUGGAUACGAGACUGAUUCGAGAUUUUGCUAUCUCAAGCAAGGAACAAACGAGCAUUUUCAAGAUGUCCGUCCUGGUGUGAUUGGUGCCAUCCAGGUCGCUUAUCUCAACUCGCCAAAUGCGCCAACAAAUUCGGUGAGCAGGACUUGCAUUGCAAGCACUGUAUCAUUCCCGUCUUCCACCGGGACAACUGCAGGCGGCUCGACGGCAUCAAGCAGUUCUUCUACCUUGAGUCUAACAGCCAGGUCCGUAUCAGGUUCGCCAACUUCUGCAGUCGUUCCAAGUAGUUCUGCAGCUGGAAGUUUGUCCACGAGGAGCUCAUCUGCUCCCACAACCAGCAUCUCGUCCGCUGUCAGCAGUGUCCUCUCUACGACAUCGUCGCGAACAUCAAUUUCAUUCUCGGCAACCCUUGGAACAUCAUCUGCACCGUCAGCUUCGACCGCCAUAUCUUUGCCGAGUGUCUCUAGCUCGACUCCUGUCCUAUCGGCCACAAGCUCCCAAGCUGUCGCGUCGUCCACCGUGGUCCCGGAGACCAUAACAAGCAUGGUGGGCAGCAUCUCGGUAACUUUUUGCCCAGACUGCGUUGUACCGACUACAUUAAGCACAACAUCUGCCAUUCCAUCAUCAGGGACCACAGUAGCCGCAUGUCCGACGCAAACGGCCGAGAUUUGCAGCACGCAGGGCGAAAUACAACAGCCAAUCACGUGUGCAUCCCCAGGCGAGGCACCUUACGCCGUUACAUGUGGAAUUGUAUACACUGGUACCGAGAUACCGGAUGAUCAGAUCAAAAUUUCCAGGAAUGCUAGAAAUGCCACGAGACUCGCAACCCGCUCAGCUAUCCUUAAGCGCUUCUCCAGUCCAGAUUUUGGAACCUGUCAAGCUGCCUGUGACAAUACUGAAAGCUGUGUCGCUCUCAACUACGUCGACACCGAAUGUACUCUGUUCAGCGCCGUUGAUGGUACCGCACUUCAGCCUGGAGGGGUGGGUGCUGCCCAAAUCGAUGGUGCACCAAUUGCAGAGGGCGACGAGCCUACCUGUCCACAGUCUAUUGGGACGACGUACAUUUCCGAACGAGCGGUGAAUUAUACGAUCUCAUGCUCGUACAGAUAUGAUGGGAGCAAUAUCGUUGUGUUCGCUGGAGAUGCAUUCAGCGAAUGUGUGCCGCUUUGCGAUACCUUCAGAAACUGCGUCGGGAUUCAGUAUGAUACGGAUUCUCGAAUGUGCUAUCUGAAAUCCUUCUUUGGAACGCCCAGUUUUGACAAUACUGGGAGCUCCGUUGUUGGUAGGAAGGUAGCUGUUGUGCUUACAAGCUCGACGCUCACUUCACGUUCGACGUCGACUUCAGCGUUGAGCUCAGGGGUCAGCUCUGCGUUAACUUCAGAGGCAAGCUCUACACUAAGCUCUUCACUAGGUUCUAUUCCAAGCUUAAUGUCGAGCUCGGGAGGCAGCCUGGGCAUUUCAUCAAUCACAUUAGGCAUGAGCUCUGCUGCAGGCCCAACUGUCACMGCUACUACAGGGGUAACCACGACAGGGCCCGUGGUGACCAUCACUCCAUCUGGGGAUCUGUCGGGGGUAAUCACCGCCACGACAGUAAUCGUGUCUACACUCCCACCCGGUGCUUCUAUCACAAGAGUAACAAGCGGUUCUUCGACCGGCUCUUUCUACGUGUUUACGACUACAUCCGUCCCUCCCCCCAGCGGCAGUGGGAACAUUCCUUCGGGAAGCUGCAUGGAAGAGAUAUGCUUUGACUGCGGGCUGAUUCCCAUUGUGACCACCAACUGCGGCGGAACGACUACCGGGAUGAUUCCUCCCACCGAUUUCUCAAGCCUCACAACUGCUCCGUCGACAAUCUUGAUCACGUCUGGUGGUACUACCUACACUAGCCGGGCGCCGACAUCCACUCCCUCUGCGACCGCGACCGCCACCGCGGCAUGCCCCACACAGACAGCCUCUCUUUGCGCCUCCUCCAGCAAGGAGCUAUCGUGUUCAUCUCUGGGCGGAUUUAUCUACGAGCUAACGUGCGGCGUCAUUGUCUUGGGGCUUGAAAUACUCGAUGAACUUGUCAACCUACUCGACAAGCGCUUUGUCGCAGCGGACGUCGGCAGCUGUUUGUCUGCCUGCGACAACACUGCGUCUUGUGUUGCCUUCAACUACGUCGAGAGCGAAUGCACCCUAUUCAGCAGCGUGAGCGGAACAUCGAUCCUGGCGGGAGCUGUUAGCGGCGUCCAAGUCGGCACAACUGGCGGCGGUCAAGCUCCGACGACGAUAACUGUAACGUCGUAUAAUGGUCUCUGUCCAUCUCUGACUGCAGGUGGAACCGGUACCGCGACGGUGUACAACACAUUCACCAUCACUAGCUGUGCAGCUCAGCCAAUUUGCCCCAAUCCCGGGUUCGUGAUCAUCGGAGGGAGUACCACAGUCCCUGGCGGCGUUGUUGUCACGACUACCAAUGGCAAUGGUCYGCCAAUUACUUACACGCAGAUUCAGACUAGCGACAUUCCCAUCACCACGACAAACAGCAAUGGUGCUACUGUUGUGUACACRCAGACCGCGGCCCCGAUUUACUCUGGUGGAGCAGGCAGCGGCCCUGGUAAUGGUGGCAGUGGAGCUGGGACCGGGCCAGGCACAGGACCUGGUACUGGCUUCAACACGAUCACCGAGACUACGACCAACAGCAACGGCAUGACAUACUAUAUUACACAGACACCGACGCCAGCUGGUACAGGAGCAGGAACCGGCCCGGCUGUGAUUACUACAACAGAUAGCCGUGGAAGCACAGUGAGAUACACAGUCACCACCACCUUGGUCUCAACAGCAGCCGGCACCGGACCUGGAACAGGACCAGGCACAGGGCCAGGCACAGGAGCAGGCACAUGA